AUGGCGCCACGAUCAUACUCAAAGACCUACAAGGUCCCUCGUCGACCAUUCGAAUCGGCUCGUCUCGACUCUGAGUUGAAGAUCGUUGGUGAAUACGGUCUGCGCAACAAGCGUGAGGUGUGGCGUGUCCAGCUCACUCUCUCCAAGAUUCGUCGUGCUGCUCGUCAACUUCUCACCCUUGACGAGAAGGACCCCAAGCGACUCUUCGAAGGCAAUGCCCUUAUCCGACGUCUUGUGCGAGUGGGUGUCUUGGACGAAUCCCGUAUGAAGCUCGAUUACGUCUUGGCCUUAAAGGUCGAGGAUUUCUUGGAGCGUCGUCUACAAACCUGCGUCUACAAGCUCGGCCUCGCCAAGUCGAUCCAUCACGCCCGUGUCCUCAUCAAGCAGCGCCACAUCCGUGUCGGCAAGCAAAUUGUCAACGUUCCUUCCUUCAUUGUCCGUCUCGAUUCUCAAAAGCACAUUGACUUCGCCCUUACAAGUCCCUUCGGUGGUGGCCGUCCUGGUCGUGUUCGGAGGAAGAAGGCCAAGGCCGCUGAGAGCAAGGAGGAGGGUGGUGAUGAGGAAGGUGAUGAUGAGGAGUAG